UCUGUGUUUUUAGGGAUGUACCAUCAUGAUGUUACAUGAACAUUCAACCUCUGCAAUACUGGAAUGUUAUAUAGGGAAAUACAUGUUGAUGUUUAAUAUAAUGCUUUCAGAAAAAAAUAUGACAUCCUAUACCUUGUGAAGAAGCAAUGAACAUACUUCCUUUAUUCCAGUUUGUAGUAAAAAUAUUUCAGCAAGUUUUCAGUCAUCGUGAUGAAAAAAUAUAUAGCACAUGAUGCAGAAUCCGUACGCAGUUUAAUAUAAAUGGGAAAACAGUUUUCGAAUGAGCAGAAGUAUUUUUAAAAAAGAAAAAAAGAAAAUUUAGUCUAAAUAUCUUACAAUUUAAAAGAUUAAUACUAUUACCUUUAAGCAAACUGUAUGUUACAUAUUCAGUAUUUUUAAUCAAAUUUUAUGGAAAUCUCUAAUGUUAUUUCUGUUUUCUAGGUUUACACGGCGAGCCCCCAGAUCAGUUUAUUCCAUCUAGACCAAGAGAACGAAACUCUACUCAAGAUGGCUUUUAUGGAAGUGGUUGGCAUUCAGUCAGCCAUGAAUCUAUACAAAUGCAAACUAUGGGACAACCAUCACCAAUGUACCAAGGAAAGUUUAUAAUGGCACCAGGUCCUGAUGUACCCCCAGUAAUAGCGCAUUACCCGCACGAACAUGCGGGAAAUAGAAUGCAAGUACCAGCUGACCAACGUUUAGUGAGAGAUUCCACAACACCGAUGCCGACUGAUCAUGAAAAUGACAGACCACGGGUGCAGCCUUCAAUAGGAGGAAUUAUUUUCAAACGCAUCAUCUCUUCAUUAUUUAUCAUUCUUGAUAUUUGCCUUAAUUGGAUGCAGUUUGGCUCAUGGGUCGGUAAUUUCGAAUUACCGGGCUGGUUAGAUUUUCUAGAAAUAGCAAAUAGUUUAAAGGGAAAAUCCCCAUUAAAGUCCCAAUGCGACGAGGGAUCCUUCGACCUUACGACAACCUUCGGUGCCUUUAUUGGCAUUGGAACCGCAUACGGCCUCGUUCGGAUAGUUAAUACGAUUGGAGAGACAAUUGUUGAAUACCAGAAACAAUAUCCUAGUGAAACUGAGCCGCGGUGCAGAGGUUACCAGAUUCUCCAUGGUUGGAUGGCGACCACUCUCGCCAUUCUCUGUGAUGACCUGCCACAGAUUAUUCUGCUGGUCAUCUUUAGUUGGCAGUGUCACAUCGAUUAUAUUUCCAUGGCAAAAGUCUUGAUUUGGGCGUUGGUUAAAAUGAUAAGAAUAAUUUUCGCCUAGGUACAUGUAAGCACAUCUACAAGCCAUGUUGCGGCGAAUGUUUCGAGGACUGUUGUGUCUACCGCUACGACUUCAUCUGUUGUUGCCAAGUACUCUACUUUAGACCAUGCUGCUGCUGCAACGACAAGAAAUGCAUCGAAUGCGUGCCAUACGAUAUCUGUCCCGAUUGCACGUGCAAAAGAAAUGAAAGGUGUUGUGGUGAAAUCGACAACGACCCUGAAUGGGCUUUGGGCUUAUAUGACAAGUUACUUUACCUGUAUUUCAUACUUAUGGUUGCAAUAGUUGUUUUUUCAUUACUAAAGGGAUUUGGCGUACUCAGACAACAUCAAGGAUUUUCAAAAUUACAGACAAACAUCUAAUAUCCAGAGACAAGAAGAAACUUCAAACGCUCGGGCAUACUCAAGAAUAUUCGUCGACAAUCAUUAGUUUUACUUGUGAUAAAAUGUCCGAAUGCACGAAACCAAAACCCUCACAAUUAUUACAGUAAAAACACGUGCUAGUUUAGAUUUUAACAAAGUUUAAACACACUUAGAAAGGCGCUUCUGGAUGUAUGUAGUCAUGAGGUUCUGUCGUGUUCGUUCUAAAAUAUAUUAUAGAGAAAAUAAGGUAACCUGAAUUUUAUUAUUUAAAAACCCUGUCUACUCGUAUAAGGAAGAAACUUAAGGACACGUCACGGUGAGAUAUUUUAGCAUUGUUGCAAUACACAACUGAUAUUAAAAUUGAUUUCCAAUACAUGUGCUCAUUAAAUAAAUCCUCAAUAUCUAUGUGAAAAUAAGGGAUGUGUUUUGUAUGAUUUCAACACAAUGAGUUGCUCUAAUUAGUGACAAAUGACUGAAACAAAAGGAAUUCUUACGUGAUUUGGAUAGACAAAACGACAGUAAAAUAACAAUAUAUUCUUUUAUUUUUUUAAUGUUUUAGUUGUAAGCUACAAUACAGAAGAGCCAUUUUAAGAAAAUCAAAGGGGAAUGUAGAAAUAACAGCAAACUUUGAAUUAGAUCAUGAAUCAUCAUACACCUGUCAAAAUUUGUCAUUAGUUUUCACGAUCUGUCGAAAUUAUUUUUAUCUCUCCAUUCUGCAUAUGUAUUGUUUUUUGUUAGUAUCUUGGUAGGGCAUUGUAGUUUGUAACUUUACAUUCCACACCUAUAUUUGUGCUUGGGAUUGCUUUGCUGAGCUCACUGAAGUCCCGUACGAAUUUCUAUUGUUUUAGUUUACUGUCUGUAAUAAAGGUACCAGACCUCGUUAUUGAGAUAUAAAAAUUGCUCCUUUCUGGUGGGAAAAGGGAACUAUUUGGUUGAAUCAUAACAUAAUUUUUUUUUGGAAAGAACUGAAUAUUCUUUGUUUUUUUUGUCAUUCACCGGAAAUUCUAAACGUGAUACCACCUUAAAUGUUUAGUGAUUUAGAUCUUAAUUAGAGUUCUUUAAAAAAAAAAACCCCGCUGCAACAAGUGCCGGGGAUAUAGUUUGAGAUGGCAUGGUUGUGGUGAAGGUGAAUGUAUGAGUGAUAUUCCGAAAGAUCUUUCUUUAUAUUAUAUUUUUCUAUCACGGAGAAAGCAGUCCAAUGUUUCAUUUUGGUUAACAAUCAAACUGGCAUAUCAUGACAUUUGAAUGUCCAGCCAUGCGCUCACUUGUUAAUACAUAUUAGUAUUUUAAGGCAUAUGCUAGAUUUACGUAGACACACCCGUGAUUUUCAGUUUUGAAAAUGGUGAAAUCUUCAACUUUGGGUCUCUGUAGAUUUACCGGUAUGUCACCAGUCGGUCGCCGCUAAACAUACCAAGAAAGGUUAUUGAAAUGUCGAAAAGUAGACAGUAUCCUAUAUGAACACGUGUUUGCCCGACUGUGCUUAUAAAAAAGUUUUUCAAUCAAGUGAUUCGUAAACAAAGACAAUGUAAUUGGGGGUCCCCGCUAAUGCUUCAACAGACUUGACCAAAUUAAAUAAGCACUAUUCAUUACCAUGUUUUUACAAAAUCGUGAAGACAAUAAUUUAAUGUUAGCCUGUAUUUCCGUUAUAUUAAACGUUAUUAGUUUAAUUUGGAAAAGUGUGGAAUUCUUCUACACUUCUCAUGUUUUGUCAUCCUGCAAAAUAGGUGAGCGUACUAUAGAAUUAAAAGAAGCUUAACAUUUCAUAGUGCAGCUUAAAUGCUUAUUCAGGUGCAUCUGUUUGCGCAAAGGACAUAAAACUUGUAUAAAUUGUUUUGUGACUGUUGUAAUUUAGAUUGAAGGAAGUUAAAAAUCUUGUAUAAACUGUUUUGUGACUGUUGUUAUUAAGUUUGAAAGAAGUAAACACUUGUAUAAACUGUUUUAUGACUCUUGUAAUUUAGUUUGAAGGAAGUAAGAAAUUAUAUAGACUGUUUUGUGACUGUUGUAAAUUAGUUUGAAGGAAAGACAAACUUGUAUAAACUGUUUUGUUACUGUUGUAAAUUAGUUUGAAGGAAGUAAAAAAACUCGUAUAAAUUGUUUUGUGACUUUUGUGAUUUAGUUUAAAGGAAGUAAGAACUUGUAUAAACUGUUUUGUGUCUGUUGUAAAUUAGUUAAAAGAAAGCAAAAACAACUUGUAUAACAUGUUUUGUGACUGUUGUAAUUUAGUUUGAAGGAAGUGACAACUUGUAUAAAUUGUUUUGUGACUGUUGUAAAUUAGUUUGAAUGAAGUAAAAAAACUUGUAUUAACUGUUUUGUGACUGUUGUAAAUUAGUUUGUUUGAAGGAAGUAAAAAAUUGUAUAAACUGUUUUGUGACUGUUUUAAUUUAGUUUGAAGGAAAGAAAAACUUGUAUAAAUUGUUUUGUGUCUGUUGUUAAUUAGUUAGAAGAAAGUAAAAACAACUUGUAUAACAUGUUUUGUGACUGUUGUAAUUUAGGUUGAAGGAGUUACAACUUUUAUAAAUUGUUUUGUGACUGUUGUAAAUUAGUUUGAAGGAAGUAAAAAAACUUGUAUUAACCGUUUUGUGACUGUUGCAAUUUAGUUUGAAGGAAGUAAAAAAAACCUUGUAUAAACUGUUUUGUGAUUGUUGUAAAUUAGUUUGAAGAAAGUAAAACUUGUAUAGAUUGUUUUGUGACUGUUGUAAAGUAGUUCAAAGGAAGUAAAAAAAUGUAUAAACUGUUUUGUGAUUGUUGUAAAUUAGUUUGAAGAAAGUAAAAACAAAUGUAUAAACUGUUUUGUGAUUGUUGUAAAUUAGUUUGAAGGAAGUAAAAACUUGUAUAAAUUGUUUUGUGACUGUUGUAAUUUAGUUUGAAGGAAGUAAGAACUUGUAUAAAUUGUUUUGUGACUGUUGUGUCGCAGUCCAAAAUUACAUCUGGCUAGUAGAAAUUGUUUGCUCAUAUGAGUUCGAGACUCGGGUCAAGGGAUAACGGGUCUGGAAAUACACAAAUAUGCGCCUAUAUUUAAUUUGUCAGCGACAUAAACUGUGGCCUUCGCCAUCAACAUUUCAUUCCAAGUGCAAAUACAUAGAAAUAACAAAACCGAUGAAUGGCAAAAUAUAGAUAAAUGAUUAAGCAUCAAAAACAAUCUUCUAAAUUACCUGGAAAUACACAAAUAUGCGCCUAUAUUAUAUUUUAUUUGUCAGCGACAAAACCUGUGGCCUUCGCCAUCAAUAUUUUAUUCCAAGUGCGAAUGCGUUGUGCAAAUUAGCCGGGAAAUCGAAAAUUUGAAGAGAGGCCCAUCCAUUUGGCUAGUUAUUAUAGUUAGUGAAUUAUGAAUAAGUAAUAUGAAGAAAGUAAAAACUUGUAUAAACUGUUUUGUGACUGCUGUAAAUUAGUUUGAAGGAAGUAAAACUUGUAUAAACUUUUUUUGUGAUUGUUGUAAAUAAUUUUAAGGAAGUAAAACACUUAUAUAAAUUGUUUUGAGACUACUGUAGAUUAGUUUUAAGGAAGUAAAAAAAUGUAUAAACUGUUUUGUGAUUGCAGUUGUAAAUUAGUUUGGAGGAAGUAAAAAAUACUUGUAUAAACUUUUUUGUGAUUGUUGUAAAUAAUUUUAAGGAAGUAAAACACAUAUAUAAAUUGUUUUGUGACUGUUGUAAAUUAGUUAUAAGGAAGUAAAAAAAUGUAUAAACUGUUUUGACUGUUGUAAAUUAGUUUGGAGGAAGUAAAAUAUACUUGUAUAAACUGUUUUGUGAAUGUUGUAAAUUAGUUUGAAGGAAGUAAAAGCUUGUAUAAACGUUUUUGUGAUUAUUGUAAAUUAGUUUUAAGGAAGUAAAACACAUAUAUAAAUUAAUUGUUUUGAGACCGUUGUAGAUUAGUUUGAAGGAAGUAAAUAAAUGUAUAAACUGGUUUGACUGUUGUAAAUUAGUUUGAAGGAAGUAAAAACUUGUA